AAAGAAAUAAAAGUGGCUUCCACCAGCUGUCCCAAAACUGCUGCACUUCACCACCUCGUCACCGCCGCCACCACAGUCCUAAAUUACCAAACCACCCUUGUUCAUUUAUUUUUGGCAAAAAAUAUACAAAAACGAUGCAAUGCCCAGUAGUUUUAAUCAAAUUGCCGUAUUUGCCCACGUCACGACUCUCACUACACUCGCCAUUUCUCUCACUACUCAUUAGACCCAAAAAGCUCAGGAAAGCAAGAAGAACGAGAGAGAGUAGAAGUAGCAUCGGUAGAGAUAGGGCAAUGCCUUGUUCUGCAAUUGGUGGAGGUGGUGGUGAGGCUAAUGGUUCUCUGCUCAAUUUCAAACUGACCGAGUCCACGUUCUUGGCCUCCCUCAUGCCGAAGAAAGAGAUUGGCGCCGAUCGCUUCAUCGAGGCUCAUCCCAAUUACGACGGCCGUGGCGCCCUCAUCGCUAUCUUCGAUUCUGGAGUGGACCCUGCUGCUUCUGGAUUACAAGUUACAUCAGAUGGAAAGCCGAAAAUCCUAGAUGUUCUUGAUUGUACUGGGAGUGGUGAUGUUGAUACUUCAAAGGUAGUGAAGGCCGAUGAAAACGGUUCUAUUCGUGGAGCUUCCGGAGCAUCUCUGGUUGUCGACUCCUCAUGGAAAAAUCCUUCUGGUGAAUGGCAUGUGGGUUAUAAAUUGGUAUACGAGUUGUUUACAGAUACAUUGACUUCUCGCUUGAAGAAAGAAAGAAGGAAAAAAUGGGAUGAACAAAACCAAGAAGAAAUUGCCGAGGCUGUUAAGCAUCUUCAUGAAUUUGACCAGAAACACAGUAAAGUGGAUGAUGCUAACUUGAAAAGGGCUCGGGAGGACCUGCAAAAUAGAGUUGAUUACCUACAAAAGCAAGCUGAUACCUAUGAUGACAAAGGCCCUGUCAUAGAUGCUGUUGUAUGGCAUAAUGGAGAAGUAUGGAGGGUUGCCCUUGACACACAGACUCUUGAGGAUAACCCAGAUUGUGGAAAACUUGCAGACUUUGUGCCCCUAACUAAUUAUAGGAUAGAACGAAAAUACGGUGUUUUUAGCAAAUUAGAUGCCUGCACAUUUGUUGUUAAUGUGUAUGAUGAAGGGAAUAUCGUAAGUAUUGUGACAGAUAGCUCUCCCCAUGGCACUCAUGUUGCUGGUAUUGCUACUGCUUUCCACCCAAAGGAGCCCCUGUUGAAUGGAGUUGCACCUGGAGCACAACUAAUAUCUUGUAAAAUUGGAGACUCGCGCUUAGGUUCAAUGGAGACAGGAACUGGUUUGACUCGAGCCUUGAUUGCUGCUGUGGAGCAUAAGUGUGAUUUGAUCAACAUGAGUUAUGGAGAACCUACUUUACUGCCAGACUAUGGGCGCUUUGUUGACCUCGUUAAUGAAGCUGUGAACAAGCACCGUCUAAUAUUUGUGAGUAGUGCUGGCAAUAGUGGGCCAGCACUGAGCACUGUUGGAGCACCUGGUGGUACCACAUCAAGCAUUAUAGGAGUUGGUGCAUACGUCUCUCCAGCAAUGGCUGCUGGUGCUCAUUGUGUAGUUGAAGCCCCUGGUGAAGGGCUUGAGUACACUUGGUCUAGCCGUGGACCAACCGCCGAUGGAGAUCUUGGUGUCUGUAUAAGUGCUCCUGGUGCGGCUGUUGCUCCUGUUCCUACAUGGACUCUUCAACGACGCAUGCUCAUGAAUGGAACAUCAAUGUCAUCUCCAUCUGCUUGUGGGGGAAUUUCUUUGCUCAUAAGUGCAUUGAAGGCUGAAGGUAUUCCCGUGAGUCCAUAUAGUGUAAGGAAGGCUCUUGAAAAUACAUCUGUUACAAUAGGCGGUCUACCAGAAGAUAAACUAUCAACUGGAGAAGGGCUUAUGCAAGUUGACAAGGCACAUGAAUAUCUAAGGCAGACCCGGGAUGUACCAUGUGUUUGGUAUCAGAUAAAGAUAAAUCAAUCUGGUAAACCAACACCCACAUCACGAGGAAUCUACUUAAGGGAGGCUAGUGCUUUCAAACAAUCUACUGAGUGGACAGUGCAAGUUGAACCAAAAUUUCACGAAGGUGCAAGUAAUUUAGAAGAAUUGGUUCCUUUUGAGGAGUGCAUCGAGUUACAUUCCAGUGAGAAGGCGGUUGUGAGGGCUCCUGAUUUUCUCCUUCUUACUCAUAAUGGGCGUAGCUUCAACAUAGUUGUGGAUCCCACCAACCUUAGUGAAGGUCUACACUAUUAUGAACUAUAUGGUGUUGAUUGCAAAGCACCAGGGCGCGGCCCCCUUUUCAGAAUCCCUGUUACUAUAACAAAGCCUAUAGCUGUGAUAAAUCGACCUCCACUGUUGCCAUUUUCUAGGAUGUCAUUUUUGCCAGGCCACAUAGAAAGGAGAUUUAUAGAAGUACCUCUUGGUGCUACAUGGGUUGAAGCAACCAUGCAAACAUCAGGAUUUGAUACAGCACGAAGAUUUUUUAUUGACUCUGUUCAGCUUUGUCCCCUGCAAAGACCUCUUAAAUGGGAGAGUGUUGUAACAUUCUCUUCUCCGGCUUCCAAAAGCUUUUCAUUUCCCGUUGUGGGUGGUCAGACAAUGGAAUUAGCUAUUGCUCAAUUUUGGUCGAGUGGGAUAGGAAGUCAUGAAACAACUAAUGUGGAUUUUGAGAUUGUAUUUCAUGGGAUUAACAUUAAUAAAGAUGAAGUAGUACUUGAUGGAAGUGAAGCACCGAUCAGAAUUGAAGCUGGAGCUCUACUGGCUUCUGAGAAACUUGCACCAGCUGCUAUUCUAAACAAGAUAAGAAUUCCAUAUCGGCCGGUUGAGUGUAAACUUUUUACUCUGCCAACAGAUCGUGACAAACUACCCUCAGAAAAACGUAUUCUGGCACUUACUUUAACUUACAAGUUCAAAUUGGAAGACGGAGCUGAAGUAAAGCCUCAAGUUCCACUACUUAACAAUCGCGUGUACGACACUAAAUUUGAGUCUCAAUUUUAUAUGAUCUCUGAUGCAAACAAGCGUGUAUAUGCAAUGGGUGACACUUAUCCAAGUUCUGCAAAACUGCCCAAGGGUGAAUACAAUUUACGGCUAUAUCUGAGACACGACAAUGCGCAAUAUUUGGAAAAGUUGAAGCAGCUGGUGUUGUUCAUUGAGAGGAAGUUGGAAGAGAAGGAUGUAAUCCGAUUGAGCUUUUUCUCCCAACCUGAUGGCUCUUUGACGGGAAAUGGUUCUUAUAAGUCCUCUGUUUUAGUUCCAGGGAAGAAAGAAGCAAUCUAUUUGGGUCCACCAUCCAAAGACAAAAUCCCAAAGUUUUCUCCACAAGGAUCUGUUUUACUAGGAGCGAUCUCAUAUGGGAAGUUAUCGUAUGUUGAAAAGGGAGAGGGGAAAAAUCCACUAGAGAAUCCUGUGUCUUAUCAGAUAUCAUAUAUAGUGCCACCAAAUAAGCUGGACGAGGACAAAGGAAAAGGUUCUUCUACUUCAACUAAGGGUAUAUCUGAGCGAUUAGACGAAGAGGUUCGAGAUGCAAAGAUUAAAGUUCUUGCAAGCCUGAAACAAGACACUGAUGAAGAAUUCUCAGAGUGGAAAAAAUUAUCUUCCUCUCUCAAGUCUGAAUACCCUAAAUACACUCCAUUGCUUGCAAAGAUAUUGGAAGGUUUGCUUUCUCGAAGCAUUAUUGAGGACAAAGUCGGCCAUGAAAAAGAGGUUAUUGAUGCAGCAAAUGAGGUGGUUGACAGUGUUGACAAAGAUGAGCUAGCAAAAUUUUUUGCACUCAGAAGUGAUCCCGAUGAUGAAGAGGCAGAGAAAAUUAAAAAGAAGAUGGAGACAACCCGUGAUCAGUUAGCAGAGGCGCUGUACCAAAAAGGACUAGCACUGGCAGAGAUUGAAUCUUUGCAGGGUGAUAAGCGCACUAAGGCUGAAGAAGGAGCAGAAAAGACUGAAGAUUUGUUUGAAGAUAACUUCAAAGAACUUAAAAAAUGGGUUGAAGUGAAGUCCUCUAAAUUUGGAACCCUCUUCGUACUUCGUGAGAGACGUUAUGGAAGGCUUGGAACAGCGUUGAAGGCUUUGAAUGACGUAAUCCAAGACGAUGGAGAGCCUCCCAAGAAGAAGUUUUAUGAAUUGAAGAUCUCCCUGCUUGAAGAGAUCGGUUGGAAACACUUGGUGACACAUGAGAAACAAUGGAUGCAUGUCCGCUUUCCAGCGAAUUUACCUCUUUUCUAGGGGGUUCCUCCAUAACAGAGAUCAAAUAGACUUGAAUAAUAAGCAUCAAAUAAGGUGCUAGCUAGGCCGUGUUUACUAGGUUAGAGUCUUUAACUGCUUCAAGGAUAGUUCCUAUGACAGUAAACUGUGAUCAUUUCUCCCUCCCGCUUUCCCCAUAUACUGAUUGUGGUUAAUAUUGUUAGAAACUCUCUACUCUUUUCUCUCAGUUCACAUGUAGUGUGUGUUAUCCUUUAUUUAGACCCGUGUUAAUAGUGAAAUAAAAAUGACUUUGAUUUUAUGUUCUU